GGUCUCAUCAAGCUUUCCUAUAGUCAAACGCUUUCCAGGAACUCCGUACCACCUCUUUCUCCGAUCAUCUCCUUUCGUUUCCCUGAAAAUCUCAAAUUUGUUGAGGAUUUGUUCUUCAAAUUCACAAGCCAGAUAUCUAUUCGCACGCACUGUUUUUCAGUUCAUGUUAGUUCCUUCUCCUAGAAGUGGAAGUUUAGCUUCAUGGAUGAUAGUCUGGGGAAGAUAGAUAUUUUCCCAGAUCACUUUCAAGCAUCGACAUCUAGUGUAGACAGUCUUCAGAAGAAAGGGCACUCUGUUUCACAUCCAACAAUUGAUAACUCAUUGAGGUCCCAUAGCCGGUUGUGGGCUCAACAAAAAUUAAGAUCAGCUGCAUCCAUGUUGAGCUUGUUUAGUAUACGAGGCCUGCGUUGGGGAUCUGGCACUGAUGGUCAGGAGAAGGUUGAGCUAACUGCUGUUGAGUUAGAAUCCCUUCGAUCAGAACUUGCUGAUUUAGAAGACAGAGAAGCUCAUUUGAAAGCUCAGCUAGAGCAUCUUGAUGAAAUUUUGCGGUCUGCUCGUCUGUGUGGCUAUUUAUACAUUCGUACUAGAUGGACAGCGCUACCAGGAGAACCUCCUCCUAUUGAUGAUACUGAAGUUGAUGACUGGCUUCCACGCUUCAUUGUUCUUCAGGGGUCAUGUAUCUUUUUCUAUCUGUCAUCUACAGAUUUGAGUCCUCAGGACUCCACUCUACUUUCUGAUGUAGUUGAAGUAGGUCCUUUGUCAAGCUUUGCUCGAGAACAUGAAGAGACAAGAUAUGCCUUUUACAUCUUAACUUGUCAUGGGCUGCGGUAUGAGUGCUCCAGUGUUUCUAAAGUGCAGGUGGAUUCUUGGUUAACAGCCUUACAGAUUGACUGCAAAUUGGGUCCUGAUACUGCAUCCGCGGCUAGAGCCGUUCGGUCUCUGCUCACCGCUUCCAGGAGCUCUAACGCCUUGUUGUUUAUUGCAGAAGGGCGGGCAGUAACUACUGCGGCGGCUGCAGCAGUUGCACUCAGGGGAAGGGCUCCCUUUAUAGCAUCAUUUUAUGAGAGAGCUGAGUGCGGAAAUGCAUCAAGAGGAUGGAUUUCGGGAGCCCUUGCUCUCCCUGUGGCAGUUUACAUGCUUCAGGAGCAGGAGGCACAUGCUGCCGAGAUGGAGCGCACUUUUAUUGCUAUUAAGCCUGAUGGAGUUCAGAGAGGGCUGAUUGCAGAAAUUGUAUCACGUUUUGAGCGGAAAGGGUUUAAGCUAGUGGGCAUUAAAGUAGUGGUUCCCUCAAAGGACUUUGCGCAGAAGCAUUAUCAUGACCUCAAAGAUAGGCCUUUCUUUAGUGGUCUGUGCGACUUCCUUAGCUCCGGCCCUGUUGUUGCAAUGGUUUGGGAGGGCGAGGGAGUUAUAAAGUAUGGUAGAAAACUUAUUGGGGCAACAGAUCCACAGAAAUCAGAGCCUGGAACCAUUAGAGGCGAUCUAGCUGUUGUCGUUGGGAGAAACAUUAUUCAUGGGAGCGAUGGCCCUGAAACUGCCAAGGAUGAAAUCAAGUUAUGGUUCAAACCAGAAGAGUUGGUUAGCUACAUCAGCAAUGCUGAGAAGUGGAUCUAUGGAGUCAACUGAAGAAGAUUUUGCCCUUUUUUCCCUCUCUUUCAGCAGUUAAAUCUCACGAAACGAGUGGGGGGUAGAAGCACAAUAAUCAGAAUAAAAUUAUUUUUGUUGAGGCGAGCGACGAUGCAAUUUCCCGUCAAUCUUACUCGUAAAACUAAUCUCCAAAAAAAAGCUUAUUUUGCCUCCGUUAAUCAAUUUCAAUUGAACCCUUCUUUGGAGAAAGGUAUUUUGGCCUGCAAGCAGCAGUUGUUGCAAAUGCCUCCCAACUCACUUGAAUUUUACUUCCAAGUUUUGAGUUGGAUUUGAAAAAUUAAAAUAUGAAAUAUGAAAUGAUUUUUGGUAGCAA